CAUACACACGUACGGAGCAAAUCAAGGACAGCACGCCGAGAAAAUUAAAGACAAACAAGGGACCAGAAUGUUUACGCCGCAACGACCCCCCCGUGGAUCUACAACCAGCCGUUCACGACCUGCGCUGCGCCAGGUUUAUCAAGAGUUGCAGCCCACUUCCGAAUGGAAACAAGAAGAAGGAAGUGCUGUUCUAGUUGUUCAUGUUCCUGGUUUUACCAAGGAGCAAGUUGGGAUUCAAUUACAAGGCAUGGACAGGCUCAGGGUUCGUGGAACGCGCCCAUCUCAGCCCAACACAUGGAUCCGUUUCGAUAAGGCUUUUCCUAUUCCAGAAGAUUGUACUACAAGUGGUAUUCAAGCCAAGUUCGGGAAUGGGAUUCUUUAUGUUACAUUCCAGAAGAAGACGAAGAAUAUUACGCAAGUUGGUUCCGAAGAAAAGCAGGCCAAACCGACACAACAAAGAGAUGAGAAGGAUUCCCAACUUCCAAGCCCUCGAGAAGUAUCACCGCCCAGUGCUUCAACCAGUGGUGGUGAGGGGAAACGCGAGGAAGCUCCCAGCAAGCUAAAGUCUGAAAUGGAUGAGGCGAGUGACCUAAAACGAACAACUUCAACCACUCAAGGCAAGAGCCAAACAGAAGCAAAGAGUACGGAAGCUCCGACCAAGCUAAAGUCUCCAGAGGAUGAAGACGCCAAUCUUAGAAAAGCAAGUACUUCAAGCCUUGGAGACAAUAUCGGAACAGACGCAAACAAUGUGGAAACUCUGAGCUCCAAGAAAGAACAAAGCAAUAAGGCAAAGGCCGAAAAGGGUGGAGAAGAUCAACGAGUAGAAAAAAGUACAAGUGAGGGGUCCAAGAAUGCUGAGAAUGUUGUUGAAAAAUCCACCCCAGGCGAGGUAAGAGGCAAAACAAGUCAUGAUGAUAUGGAGAAGCCUACUGCAGCGGAAAAGUCAGAGGAGGCUUUGGGAAAGGCUCUUGAUCAGAAGCAAACUGAAAGCAGUGAGAAGAUAAGCAAAGAAUCAAAAUUGACGGCUGAAAGCAGUGCACAGAAUGCUUUGGGAAAGGCUCUUGAUCAGAAGCAAACCGAAGGCAGUGAGAAGCUAGGCAAAGAAUCAAAAGUGACGGCUGAAAAUGUUAUUCAGAAGAGGGUAGGAAAGGAAAAGAUUGAUGGACCUGCAGAUAGUCUAGAUCAAAAGGCUGCAACUGAGAAAUAUAGCAAUGCCACAAAGAUAGGAAGGACAACAAAACAGGUAGUCGAUGGAUAUAAAUCUGGGAAAUACAAGCAGAUUGUGAAGGACUUUAUAACCCCCAAGGCUGAGGAAGACAGAAAAUUGUUGUUGAAUAUAACAGUGGCAGCCCUGGUAAUCGUGGCACUUGGCGCUUAUAUGACCUACACCCAUUGGCCUUCUGAAAAUCUCAAGAAGCAGUAAAUGUUGAUCUCGAAGUUGUAAUGCAUUUCCCUUGGAUUGUCAUAAUGUUGUAGUGUUUGUAUAUUUCUAUCCACUCUGUGAAGUAAAUUGGCAUUGAAUCAAUGCUUGAAAAAUGGUUGAAUAUUGUUUAUUUCCA